UGAGUCGCUGCAGGUGGCUGCUCUCGGCUCCCUGCCGCUCAGGCAGCUCGAAGGCCACUCUGUUGUGGGGUCCUCGCCGCUGUUCCACGUCUCCCGGAAGCUGUAUGAGGGUUACGGCGGGUCUGGAAGGGGUUUACUCAGCCUGGGCCCUCUCUCGGCCCGCUGCUGAGGGGCGCGGUGCAGCCGCUCGGGAGUCCUCAGGUUCACCAGUAGGAGUAUUCUGCUACCAUCAUGUCUUGGUUUGCUGAUCUUGCUGGAAGGGCAGAAGAUCUUUUAAACCGAGUUGAUCAAGGGGCUGCAACAGCUCUUAGUAGAAAAGAGAACACCAGCAAUAUCAUAUAUAGCAAAAAUACUGACUAUUCUGAACUUCACCAGCAAAAUACAGAUUUGACUUACCAGACUGGACCUAAAGCUACUUAUGUUUCCUCAGCAGCUGAUAACAUUCUAAAUCAAAAAGCCACCAUCUUAGCUGGCACUGCAAAUGUGAAAGUAGGAUCUAGGACACCAGUGGAGACCUCCCAUCCUGUUGAAAAUGCAUCUGUUCCUAGGCCUUCAUCCCAGUUUGUUCGAAGAAAGAAGUCAGAACCUGAUGAUGAGCUGCUAUUUGAUUUUCUUAAUAGUUCACAGAAGGAGCCUACCAGUAGGGUGGAAAUCAAAAAAGAAAAGGGCAAGACACCCGUCUUUCAGAAUUCUCAAACAUCAAGUGUCAGUUCUGUGAACACGAGUAUAACCACCAUCAAAACCACUGAAGAAAAUUCUUCUGGGAGCCAGAUCCAUGAAGCUGCUAAUAAUUCUGGCUCUGAAAACCAAGAGGAUUCUUCAAAGGAAAAUACGUCAUCAAAUACUACCUGCACUAAUCACAACCCAGCACCUAAUGAUGACAGCAAAUCACACGAACUGUCUAAUCUUCGACUGGAGAAUCAGCUAUUGAGGAAUGAAGUUCAGUCUUUAAAUCAAGAAAUGGCCUCAUUACUUCAAAGAUCCAAAGAAACUCAAGAAGAAUUAAAUAAAGCAAGAGCAAGAGUUGAAAAGUGGAAUGUUGACCAUUCAAAGAGUGAUCGAAUAACUCGAGAACUCCGAGCCCAAGUAGAUGACCUGACUGAAGUGGUGGCUGCAAAGGAUUCCCAGCUGGCUGUACUGAAAGUGAGACUCCAAGAAGCCGACCAGCUACUGAAUACUCGUACAGAAGCAUUAGAAGCCUUACAGAGUGAAAAAUCACGAAUAAUGCAGGAUCACAGUGAAGGUAGUAGCCUACAGAAUCAAGCUCUGCAAACUCUGCAGGAGAGACUGUAUGAAGCGGAUGCCACUCUGAAGAGAGAGCAAGAGAGCUAUAAACAAAUGCAGAAUGAGUUUGCUGCACGUCUUAAUAAAGUGGAAGUGGAACGUCAGAAUUUGGCAGAAGCAGUUACUCUGGCAGAAAGAAAAUACUCAGAUGAGAAGAAGAGAGUUGAUGAACUACAGCAGCAAGUCAAGCAAUACAAGUUGAACUUGGAGUCCUCUAAGCAGGAAUUAGUUGACUACAAGCAAAAAGCUACUAGAAUACUUCAGUCUAAAGAAAAAUUGAUUAACAGCUUAAAGGAAGGUUCUGGUUUUGAAGGCCUAGAUAACAAUACUGCUAAUAGCAUGGAGCUAGAAGAACUUCGGCAUGAGAAGGAGAUGCAACGGGAGGAAAUACAGAAGCUGAUGGGCCAGAUACAUCAACUGAGAUCUGAAGUACAAGAUAUGGAGACUCAACAGGUUAGUGAAGCAGAAUCAGCAAGAGAACAGUUACAAGAUUUACAAGACCAAAUAGCUGGGCAGAAAGCAUCUAAACAAGAACUAGAGACAGAAUUGGACAGACUGAAGCAGGAAUUCCACUAUAUAGAAGAAGAUCUAUAUCGAACAAAGAACACAUUGCAAAGCAGAAUUAAAGAUCGAGAAGAAGAAAUUCAAAAACUCAGGAAUCAGCUUACCAAUAAAACUUUAAGCAACAGCAGUCAGUCUGAGUUAGAAAAUCGACUCCAUCAGCUGACAGAGACUCUCAUCCAGAAGCAGACCAUGCUAGAAAGUCUCAGCACAGAAAAGAACUCCCUUGUCUUCCAACUGGAGCGCCUCGAGCAGCAGAUGAACUCUGUCUCUGGAAGUGGCAGUAAUGGAUCUUCUAUCAAUAUGUCUGGAAUAGACAAUGGCGAAGGCACACGUCUGCGAAAUGUUCCUGUUCUUUUUAAUGACACAGAAACUAAUUUGGCAGGAAUGUAUGGAAAAGUUCGCAAAGCUGCUAGCUCCAUUGACCAGUUUAGUAUCCGUCUGGGAAUUUUUCUCCGAAGAUACCCCAUAGCACGAGUUUUUGUAAUUAUAUAUAUGGCUUUGCUUCACCUCUGGGUCAUGAUUGUUCUAUUGACAUAUACACCAGAAAUGCACCAUGAUCAGCCAUAUGGCAAAUGAACUGAGCCCAGUUGUUUCGAUGAUGGUUCUUUUUCUAGACUUGGGAUCUGCAAAAAGGCCAUGACCUAAACUUCCUGAGAAUCGUGUACGAGGUUAUUUUAUCACUACAGGCUUUUAACUUUUUAAGUUAUUAUACAAGUACUCUGCUACCUAAAUCUUCCUCUUAGUUCCUUCAGAUGGUAAGAGUUUCUAAAACAGACAGUAAUUUAAUCAGCUCGGCUCUGCUUUUUCUGUGUUCAGUGUUUCUAAUAUAUAUAUAUAGAGAGAGAGAGACAGAAAAAGAGAGAGAGAUACUGGGGUUGUUUACCUCUGUACAGACCAUCCUGUAUUUUAGGUGAUAAUGAUCAUGGGUUAUAAUCAGGGAAACUAAUUGUAUUUAGUGAGAAAAAUAAAAAGUUUUCUUUUUUGAUAA